GUUAUUUUGGUUUAGACACCCGGAAGUUGAAGAAUUAUUCGACGACGACCGAAAUCGGAGUGAACCGUUGCAGUUUCACCUUCGUCUGAUUCGUUUCUGCUUCAUUUUGUUUGAGGUUUUCGGGCAAAUUGUCAAGAGUUGACAUUUGUAGGAACAGAGCUGUGCCUUAAGAUGCCGAGCAUGGAAAAAAAUCUUUUCAAUUUGAAGUUUGCUGCAAAAGAACUUCACAGAAAUGCCAAGAAGUGUGAGAAAGAGGAGAAAAUGGAGAAGAGCAAAGUAAAGAAAGCCAUUCAGAAGGGAAACAUGGAAGUGGCCAGGAUCCACGCAGAGAACGCCAUCAGACAGAAGAACCAGUCCGUCAACUACCUGAGAAUGAGUGCACGUGUGGAUGCGGUGGCAGCCAGAGUCCAAACAGCCGUCACCAUGAACCAGGUGACAAAGUCGAUGGCUGGAGUGGUGAAAGGCAUGGACGUGACCUUGAAGAGCAUGAAUUUAGAAAAGAUUUCUGCUCUCAUGGACAAGUUUGAGCAUCAGUUUGAGACCCUGGACGUCCAGACGGCCCAGAUGGAGGACACCAUGAGCAGCACCACCACACUCACCACUCCACAGAACCAGGUUGAGUCGCUGCUGCAUGAAAUGGCAGAUGAAGCAGGCCUGGACCUGAACAUGGAGUUACCUCAGGGACAAACUGGAUCAGUGGGAGCAAGCGUGGCCUCGGCUGAACAGGACGAACUUUCACAAAGACUUGCCAAACUCCGGGAUCAAAUAUAAGACCCCCGCCCCCGUGGAUGAUAACACCUGAAAAUACUUUUCUCUAAUGUUUAUUAUCGUCGACCUGAUUCUCUAAGAUUUUGUCUUGUUUCCUAAAAAGUUACAUAAUUUCACAGUAAAAAAGCAACAGCUUUAACACAGAUUAUUUUGGAAGUGUUGAUGUGGGGGGGUGGGGCCUCAUGAUGAAGCAAGUUCCAGUUUAUCUAUGGUCUGUAUGGUUGUAGUAACUGGUAACUAUGGUAACUGGGCCUCAGAAAGGCUGUUUCUUGUAACUGUUUCAGUUGACUUAUGAUUUUUCUCCUGACAUUAAUGUUUUUCUCUGUAGUUUGUCCUGUAAACUGGGGGGUCUGGGGAGGGUGGGGGUUACAGUUGAUUGACAGAGUAAACAAUAAAACAAUGAUCACUUUCAACAUUUCUGUAACACUGUUGCUGACUUCCAGCCCAAUCUGCUGGAGUAGUUUUUCUGAGAUGAUGGACGGACGUCAACGUCAAUAGUAACGAUGGUGAGUAACGCUGCUGCAAUAUAGGUCAAAGGUCAUGAACACAGAUGGGUUCUGUGGGUUCUCAGUGGUCCAGGUCAGGUUCCGUCGAGGGCAGUGUUGGAGCGCCCCUAAUGUUAUAAAAGGUUCACUUUCUCUAGGAUUACUGGUCAUUGUGUUCACCUGGUCACUGGUUACCACAGAACUGCUGUUAACCCAUCACCUCAGCCAGCAGGGGGCAGCAGUUUGUGGGGAUGGUGCCAUCCCCAGAGCACCUCAUUGGCAACUUGGCAGCUGGUGGACUUGAACCUGAAACCUUCCGGGCCACUGCUCCACUGCUGAUUAUUGUGUGUGAACCACAUGUGUGUGUGCUGGACAUUUAUGGAAAUACACAACAAAUCACCUCUUUCAUUGGUCCAAUAAAACGUGUUUAGCUGCUCA